AUGUGACAGUUGCUCUAGGUGAUGACGUGGCUGUGCCGGUGACGGAGAAAACAUGGCUGCGGACAUCACUUUACUGUUUAGAGCUAGCGUGAAGACAGUGAAGACCCGGAAUAAGGCGCUGGGGGUGUCACUGCCUGAGAGCGACUUGCUCAGGAGAAGCCGCCCGCGGGGGGAGUUUAAUGGCAGAGCCCGUGAGGUGAUCUCUAACAUUGGCAAGUUAAAGGAUUUUCUCCUGGAGCACAGAAAGGACUACAUCAAUGCCUGCAGCCAUGUAGAAUCCGAGUAUUCUCGUAUGACAGACACAGAACGAGACCAAAUAGAUCAAGAUGCACAUAUAUUCAUGAGAACCUGCACAGAGGCCAUUCAACAGCUCAGAACAGAAGCGUGUAAAGAUAUACUGUCUGUGCAAGUAAAGGAACAUAGAAACGCCAUUUUGGAUUUCAUCGAAGACUAUUUAAAAAGAGUAUGUAAGCUGUACUCAGAGCAGCGCGCCAUCAGAGUGAAACGCGUGGUGGAUAAAAAACGAUUGUCCAAGUUAAAGCCAGAACAAAUCCACAAAUCAAACUCAGCACAAUUUGGGGACAAAAUAAUCCAUCUAAGUAAAGACUCUAAAGAGGAAGCAAAACCUCUUGGUGAAGAAAAUAUUGAUAAAAAUGUGCCUGACAUCAGAAAUACUUUCAGUGCUUGGGAUGAUGGCCGAGGUGAAGAUGAACUGUCUCCUGAAGAAAUUCAAAUGUUUGAACAAGAAAACCAGAGACUUGUCAGUGAGAUGAACAGCCUAUUCGAUGAAGUAAGGCAAAUUGAAGGAAAGGUGGUUGAAAUAUCCAGACUUCAGGAGAUAUUCACUGAGAAAGUUCUACAACAGGAAACCGAUAUUGACAAUAUCCAUCAGUUAGUUGUGGGAGCAACAGAAAAUAUAAAAGAAGGAAAUGAAGACAUACGAGAGGCUAUAAAAAAUAACGCUGGAUUUAGAGUUUGGAUCCUUUUCUUCUUAGUAAUGUGUUCAUUUUCAUUACUUUUCCUUGAUUGGUAUGAUAGUUAAUUAUGUAAAGAAAGUGUUUUAGCACAUUGUUAAUAUCUGAAUGAAUGUGUUUAGCAAAUGCUAUUGCACUGUAAUAAUUAUGUCUCCAAAACAUUCACUUGUAUAUUUUAAUUAAUGAUCAUGAUAAUAAAAAUCUAAACAUUGUCA